AUGUCUUCCACCAACGUUUCGCCCAUGGGAUACAAUCCCGCGCCCUAUCCCCUGCCCGUCUAUGUUCCGCCAGGCCAUGCCCAGGAAAUCUUUCUGAAUCGGGUGGGGCCUCCAUUACUAGGAGUUCACGAAUACAUACACGCUUCGCCAUCGACAACCGCCCUACCGUACACCUCAGAAUCCUCUGGACUAAAUGACGAUUCUCAGUCCCCGGCGGGCAGCUUCCCCGUGCAGUCCUUGGGAGCAUCAGUGAACAAUUUGGCGCACAGUCUCAACGACUUGCUGGAGAGUAAGAUCGACGAGAUUGGCGUUCCGAACGAUGAAAGUGAAAUGAAGAGCAUGUUCCGGAUGUUUGAGCGCACAGAAUACCAAGGUCCAGAGUCCUCCACGUCCUUGGACUCGGCCAACAGCUGGGAGAUCCCUGACUUCCUUACCAAACGUAUAUCAAUAGACUCUCUGCAAAUUCCCGAAGAACACAGAAAAUACCUCGAGCUGUUUGACCACGAUUACGCCCGAGUGAUCAUGCCCCUUCAGCCCUUGCCCCACUACAACCCGGCACGCGAAAUUCUCCUAACAUACGCGAACAAAAAUAAUUAUCUCAUGGCCGCCAUCUUAUCGUGCGGUGCUCUGCAGAGUUUCCGCAAAACGCAGGAUGCGCAAGACGAGAAAGAUUACUGCUCAUACCUGUCAACGUGUCUACAACUAUUGUCCACUGUUCUGGCUGACCAGAACAAGAUCAGCGCCAAUGUCGAGCCCAUGUUGCUCACCAUCCUCUUGCUCACGUCGUACACGGCGAUGUCUCUUGUGCAGAAGUGGAGACCACAUCUUUGUGGUGCAAAGGAUUUGCUCUCGACAUACGCCCCAUUUAGCGAGGACCCGCGUCUUCGCCAGCGGAAUUCGUAUGUCGUGGCAUUCUGCCGCAACUGGUACCUGUCGAUAGAAAAUAUUGCCGGUCUCACUGCUCCGCUGGGUGGAGUGCUCAAGAACGACAGAGAGCUCGAUCUCGCCAUGUACGACCUUCCAUACACUCGAGCUUAUUGGGAAAGCAUGAUGUGCUGCCGCCGAGACGGUUUCAAUUAUCUUUACGGCUACACCAAUACGCUUGGAGUGUCGCUUCAAAAAUUGAUCAAGUCGAUAAAAAUUGUGCGCAGCAAGAAAAACUCGCCUUCAGAGUCACCCAGCCUUUCGGCCUUUACAAUAUUCGAGCUUACAGCCGACUUUCACAGAGAAGCCCAGUUCGAGAUCAUCAGCAAAACGGGAAUUGUGCCCAGAACUCACUUUAUGCAUCCUGAUAACAACCUUGCCCCACCAUUGGGGUUUGAACCGCUCUCACCAGAAGCAAUCGAAAAAGUCGAUUAUCCUGAUGGCACCUACGACUAUAUUUCAUGGUAUGACGUGUGUCAUCAGUCCUUUGUGAUCACUGCGUUCCUAAUUAUUACCUCUGAUUUGGGCCGGAUCCCUAAAAAACACCCGAUAAUUCAGGAGCUGGUCCAGCGUGCAUUGCAUCUUCUCCGUUUCUUAGAUUCUGAAAAGAUGAUGAGAAAUUAUUGUAUCCUCAUUGUCCAGGUGGCCGUAUUCCAUGUUGGCCUCAACUGCGUGUACGACCGCGACCGCGAGUUUGUGACUCGCUACUUCACCCAAAUGAACAAACUGCACACGGCCUCGGCCUCCAUCACACUCAAAAGACUCAGACGGAACUGGGAGCACUACGAUAAAAUGCAUGACGGCGACACGGGGGCUCUUGCUUUUGAGCCGGACCUCGCAGACGACGACGACUACGAGGACGUGAUGAAUUACUAG